AUGUUUGGACUGAAGUCAAGAUGGAAAGAGAUAAGGCGCUUCACUCUCACAACCCUGCGGAAUUUGGGCAUGGGCAAAAGGAACCUUGAGGACCGUGUUCAAGAGGAAGCACAGUGCCUUGUGGAGGAACUGAGGAAAACCAAUGGUUCACCCUGUGAUCCUACAUUCAUCUUGAGCUGUGCUCCCUGCAAUGUUAUCUGCUUUACUGUUUUCCAGAAUCGUUUUGAUUAUAAAGAUCAAGAUUUCCUUAACUUGAUGGAAAAAUUAAAUGAGAACGUAAAGAUUCUGAGCUCCCCCUGGAUGCAGCUCACAUACAUCUCAGAAUUGUCCUCUAAAGUCCAGGAAGAGAUUCACCGUGUGGUUGGCAGAAACCGCAGCCCCUGCAUGCAGGACAGGAGCCACAUGCCCUAUACAGAUGCCGUGAUUCAUGAGGUCCAGAGAUUCAUCAGCCUCAUCCCCAUCAACGUGCCCCAUGCCGUGACCUGUGACAUUAAAUUCAGGAACUACAUCAUCCCCAAGGGAACAACGGUAAUAACAUCACUGACAUCAGUGCUGAAUGACAGCAAGGAAUUCCCCAACCCAGAGAUAUUUGACCCUGGCCACUUUCUAGAUAAGAAUGGAAGCUUUAAGAAAAGUGACUACUUCAUGCCAUUUUCAACAGGAAAACGGAUUUGUGCAGGAGAAGGCCUGGCACGAAUGGAGCUCUUUCUAUUUCUCACCACCAUUUUACAGAACUUUAAGCUGAAACCGCUGGUUAAUACUAAGGAUAUUGAUACAACCACAAUGGUCAAUGGAUUUGCCUCUGUGCCACCCCAAUACCAGCUCUGCUUUAUUCCUGUCUAACAAAGAGAAGAUUUCCUAGCCCAAGCCGUACUGUUUUCUGUAAUUCUCCUCUAGAUCAUCAUUCACCUCCUUCCCCAUCUUGGACAAAAUGCCCUUCCCUCCUCUCAGGUAUUCCCAUUCUGUACCCAGGAAACACCUGUUAACUAUUUUGCAACUUGUUGAUUCACAGUAGAAAUAUAUUGUUAUAUUCUGUUCUCUGCAUCUGUGUUAUUAUUCCUUUUGCUAAUGUGUAUCUGGUCUUUAAUUAAAAUAGAACUUGACUGCAAAUCAUGUAAUAGAAUCCAUGGUCAUUUUCUUCUGUAUGUUUUCAGUAAUAAAUAAGUUUGAUUUGUGCACCUG